CAGAUCUCUUCAGUCCAUUCGAAUCUCUCACAGUGAAUGUGAGGAUCGGAUCAAUGUUUGAGGUGCAACAAGUGAAGAUCUUCUAAAUUUUCCUUGAAAAAAAACAACAUAGUCCCAAGAGAGUGUGUGUUGUAAAUUAGACAAGUAGGUGUCAUUAAUUUCUUUUACAUAACUCUCAGAGCGAUGACCCAAUUUGGAUGUCGAUAAGAAAUCACUAAAAUUUCCUGGCCAGAAAAAAAACCAAAUGCACAAUUAACCUGCGCAAAGUCAAGAAAAACUUAUGGAACUAUUUUUCCCAAUAUUUCGAAAGAACCAUUCAAGGGUAUAAGAAGUGUUGAGUGCUUUGCAAAUCAGUGAAAUUUUUUUCUGUUUGCAGUUUCGUAGAAAAGUUUUCAAAAGAAUGUCUCGAUUUCUGGCUGUGCUUGCUGUUGUGAUGUCCCUCCAUCUAUCUCAUAGCUUCCGGAUAUUAGGACUGUUCCCUCACGCUGGUGAGAGUCACUAUCAAAUAUUCCAGCCCAUCAUGAAAGCCCUCGCAGAAGCAGGUCACGAGGUCACAGUACUCAGUCACUUCCCUGAGCGCAGCAACAUUACCGGACUCCGUGUCCUGGUCAUCGAUGAGCACAAAAGCCUGAUGAAUGCAAUGGAUUUGGCGCUCUUCGAAAAUCGUCGACCGUACAAUCACUUUCUCGAAUUCUUCAUGCUGUACGAAUGGGGAGUUGGGAGUUGCCAGAAAACCCUCAAUUCUACUGCCCUGAAGAAUAUUCUGGCAUCUGGGGAGACUUUUGACCUGGUUAUCACGGAAUUCUUCAAUACAGAUUGCAUGCUGGCAAUUGCUCAUAAGCUAAAUGUUCCCUUUAUCGGCCUCAGCAGCUGUACACUGAUGCCCUGGCAUCUCGAUCGUGUCGGAAUGCCCAAUUUUCCCUCCUACAUCCCGGCCCUAUUUAUGGGCUACAGCGAGGAUAUGUCCUUCGCUGAGCGUCUGGGCAAUUGGAUCACUCUGCAAUCCUUCAAACUUGCCUAUCGCUUCUUCAACAAUCGCGCCGCGAAUUCCCUUAUAGAAGAAUACCUCGGACCUGGGAUUCCGGACGUUGGAGAACUAGCCAAACGUACCAGUCUCAUCAUGGUGAACACUCACCAUUCCCUGAGCGGAACUAAACCCCUACCGCCAUCCGUGGUGGAAAUUGGAGGAGUUUAUCUGUUCAGUUCCCACAAAAACACUCUCGACUCCAAGCUAGAUGCCGAACUGAAAAACUUCCUGGACAGUGCAGACAAUGGGGUCAUUUAUAUCAGUUGGGGAUCGAUGAUCAAAGCUGACACUCUCCCAGCUGCCAAGAGAGACGGAAUUCUGCAGGCUCUGGCCAUGCAGCCACAGAAGGUUCUCUGGAAGUGGGAGAAUGACACCAUUCCCAAUAAACCUGACAAUGUAUUCAUCCGGAAAUGGAUGCCACAGCGAGAUGUUCUCUGUCAUCCCAAGGUUCGGGUCUUUAUGGCUCAUGGAGGACUCUUGGGAUCUUCAGAGGCAGCAUAUUGCGGAGUCCCAGUGAUUGCUACUCCAAUGUAUGGGGAUCAGUUCUUCAAUGCAGCUUCCCUGAAACACCGAGGAAUGGGAGUUGUGCUCCCUUACGAAGAAAUCUCCAAAGAAACCGUCCACAGAGCUCUCCAAACAACCUUAGAUCCCAGUUACCUAGCCAAUGCCAAGAGAGUCUCAUACUCCUACAGAAAUCGCCCCAGGAACCCCCUGGAGACGGCUGUCUGGUGGGCUGAACAUGUGAUAAAGACAGGAGGAGCUCCUCUAGCCAGAUCUCACAGUAUCGAUCUUCCCUGGUACAUCUAUCACUCCCUAGACGUAAUCGCCACCCUCCUUCUGGGCCUCCUGAUCUUCCUCAGUGGUUGGAUUUGGUUCAUCCGACGUCUCCUCUUCGGAUUCACCAGCAAAACCCAAGUCCCCACCCAGAAAAUCAAACAAAACUGAACCACCACAAAUUGCAAGUUUAUUUUGUACAAAAAAAUAAUAACCUCGAUGCAUUUUGUGAAUCAUCCUAUCCCUGCGCUUGAGUAGAUAAAAAUUACUUACCAUUCAUACCGAAAUAAAAAAGAAAUUUUAGUAGAUAAAAUCAACAAA